AUGAUGGAGGUGAUGGUGCUUGCAGCUCUGCUGGCUUGUGCUGGGGCCGCUCUCAUCCCCGAGCCUGAGGUUCAGGUCGCGGUGGUAGAGAAGCCAUAUAUCUGCAAGAGGAAGACUAAGAAUGGGGACAUGCUGCUGGUGCACUUUGAGGGCUUCCUGGAGAGCAAUGGGACCCGCUUUCAUUCAACUUAUGCAGACAACAAUAACCAGCCUGUAUGGUUUACACUUGGCAUUAAGGAAGCUAUCAAAGGAUGGGAUAAAGGCCUCAAAGAUAUGUGUGUGGGGGAGAAACGGAAGCUGGUAAUACCUUCUUCACUGGCUUAUGGAAAAGAAGGGAAAGGAAAAAUUCCACCAGAGAGCACUUUAAUCUUUCAUAUUAAUCUUAUUGACAUUCGAAAUGGACCAAGAUCGCAUGAGUCAUUCCAAGAAAUGGAUUUAAAUGAUGACUGGAGACUGUCUAAAGAAGAGGUGAAGGCAUAUUUGAAGACUGAGUUUGAGAAGCACGGCAGUCCCAUGAAUGAAACCCAGCAUGAAGUUUUAGUUGAGAGCAUAUUUGAGAAGGAAGAUGAGGACAGUGAUGGUUUUAUUUCUGCCAGAGAAUUCACAUAUGUUCAUGAUGAGCUGUGA